AUGGCGACCGGAGUAGAACCGACGAUCGACGUGAAGGUUUUCGUGGACAAGGAGAGGGGCAAGGUGCUCUUCGCGGAGUCCGGCAAGGAGUUCGUCGACGUUCUCUUCGGCUUCCUCACGCUGCCCCUCGGCACCGUCGUCCGCCUCCUCGGCGGGCAGUCUCAGGUGGGAUGCCUCGACGAGCUGUAUAGGAGCGUCGAGGGGCUCUCCACCGACCUGUUCAGGAUAGAGGCUUGCAAGGCGAUGCUGCUCAGGCCCAUCAACGCUGCAGCAAAGCAGUGCUGUCAGUUGACGGUCAGAGUCGACGACACCAAGCACAGGGAGGUUUACGUCUGCGCUGACACGAGCUGCAGUGUCACCGCGUUCAGCUCCGUCACCGGCGCCGUCUGCAACUGCGGAGGUAUGAAGUUUAUCGUCACUGAUGAUCUCAAUGUUGCACCGGCCUCAACUUCUCUCAUGCUGUCCCUUCUGGACAAAUUUCAAGUGCCAGAUCCCUCCUGUCUUGAGCAAAUGACACUCCAGUUUAGUUCAGUCAAGAUAAUUGACCUGCUCAGGAGGUCAUUAACGUCGCAGAACCCGUUAACUGGUCAUUAUCUUGACGUCGCGCCUGAUGAUUCAGUAGUGGAUAUGCUCCCUGAGUACUUGCAUCCUGAAGAACAAGAUAAUGAGGCUGAGCACUCACUAGUUAAUGCCAGCCUAAGGGUUCUUCAGACAAAGAACAACUCCAAGGUGUUGUACGCCGAAGUUGGCGGCGAUUUUGUGGAUCUUCUCUUUGGAUUACUGACCAUACCUCUAGGGUCCAUAGUGAAAACAUAUGGGAAAUCUGCAUCUAAAGGAUGUCUUGACAAUCUUUACACUAGCAUAGCUGGAAGUGCUCAUGGAUGCUUGAGGCCAGAAUGCCAGAACUUGCUACUGUCCCCAAUGCUGGCACCUUAUUUUGGCUACGGUGCUAGUAAGAUGCUUCAAGUUGAAGAACUAGCUCCAGAUAAGCUGGAUAUAAAUGCAUGCUUCAAGUGCUUCAAGAGUCGUGGAUUUGCAAAUCAUUACCUUUGUCAUGUUGAACCAUGGUGCAACUACCAAAAACGCUAUGUCAAAAUUUGUUAUGAAAAAGGGAAGACCACAAAGCUCUGUGAGUUGGAUCCAAAAACACCAGAGGGAGGAUGUGAAGAAGCAGCAUAUGUAAAGCAGGGACCUCAGAAAUUCAUUGUGACUGAUGAUCUGCAUGUUCUUCCUCUGUCCUUAGCAAGCACUCUGCAAGUUGUUAUUGAAGCCAAACUUCAGAGAAAGGACCUUGUGGAGAAAGAAGUCGCCCUUACAAAACCCCAGGUUAUGGAGCUACUCAGAGCUGCCUUGGUGACUCACAGAGCUCUUAGCACCGUGCUUCUGCCCGCCAAGAUCAACAAGAAGCUGCAUUACCACAGCUUCUGUCUAUAUUAG